CUGGGGAUGUCGUGGUUUAAGCCGCUGGGCCUGACCAUCGGGGGCAUCCACCAGCUGCAGCAAGCCGAUUUCGCGGACGUUUGCAACGAAUUCCCCCGGGUUUUCGAUGGGUCCUUAGGCAAGUUCACGGGGGCCCCCAUCUCCCUGGACCUGGACCCGGCGGUCCGGCCCAUACGGAUCAAGGCCAGGUUUCCGCCCUUAACGGUAAGGCCGAAAAUCGAGGCGGAACUCGACAAGCUGGUGGCGCAAGGGGUGUUGGAGCCGGUGGCAUCGGCACGCUGGGAAACCCCCAUUGUCACACCGAUCAAACCAAACGGGGACGUCCGGAUCUGUGCGGACUAUAAGUGCACAAUUAACAAAGCACUGCAGGACCACGCGUACCCCGUUCCGGUGGUCAGCCACGUGCUGGCGGCGCUCGCGGGGGCUCGCAUAUUUGGAAAGCUGGACUUGGCGCAGGCCUAUCAGCAGCUGCCGGUGGACGCCGCCACGGCGGAAGCCCAGACGAUCGCCACGCACAGAGGGGCUUUCAAGGUCCACCGGCUCCAGUUCGGCGUCUCGGUGGCUCCGGGGAUUUUUCAAUCUUUCAUGGACUCUCUCCUCAAAGGUAUCCCCGGGGUACAGCCCUUUCUAGAUGACGUCUUGAUCACCGCCCCCGACGCCGCGUCGUUUGCCACCCGACUCCGUACCGUUCUCCAACGCUUCGACCAGGCGGGGCUGAAGGUGAAGCGCGAAAAAUGCUUGCUCGGCGUGCCCAAAGUGGAGUUUCUAGGGUUCGCGGUCGACGCACAGGGCAUUCACCCCACGGCGGAGAAGACCAGAGCGAUCUCGAACGCCCCAGCCCCCACAUCAAAGACCGAGCUACAGGCCUUCUUAGGCCUCCUGAACUUUUACCACUCUUUUCUUCCCCUCAAAGCUGCAGUAGCCGAACCCCUCCAUCGGCUCCUCGACAAGGGCGCGCCGUGGGUCUGGGGGACGGCUCAGCAGGCGCCUUUCCAGGCGGUCAAAGACCUCCUCGUCUCAAAUUCGGUACUCGCACACUUCAACGAGGACCUGCCGGUGGUGCUGGCUUGCGACGCCUCUCCAUAUGGGGUCGGGGCGGUCCUGGGGCACAAACUGCCUGACGGUCGGGAGGUACCUGUGGCCUAUUACUCCCGUACCUUGUCUGCGGCGGAGCGCAACUACGCGCAGAUUGACAAGGAGGCUCUUGCUAUAGUGGCCGGGGUGAAAAAAUUUCACCACUACCUCUACGGCCGGCCCUUCACGGUCCCCACGGACCACAAGCCUCUCCUGGGUCUGUUCGCCCCGGACCGCCAGACCCCCCAGAUGACUUCGCCCCGAGUGAUCCGGUGGUCCGUCUUCCUGGCGGGCUACAACUACAGGCUCCUGCACCGGCCCGGGAAGGCAAUGGGCCACGCGGACGCCUUGAGCCGCCUGCCUCUGCCGGAAACGGAGCCUGACCCGGCCCCAGCCCAUCACAUCGCGCUGCUGGAAACGCUGCCCGACCAGCCGGUUCACGUGAAAGAGGUGGCCCGGCGCACCGAAAAGGACCCUAUCCUCUGCCGCGUCCUGGACUGGGUGAGAAGGGGGUGGCCGUUGGCCUCGGCGGGACCCGACUUUGCGGCCUAUGCCUCGCGCAAAGACGAACUGUCUGCUCACAAGGGUUGUGUGCUGUGGGGAGGUCGGGUGGUAAUCCCUUCCCCACUCCGAGACCGAGUACUUGCAGCAUUGCACGAGGCUCACCCAGGAGUGGUGCGGAUGAAAGCGCUGGCUCGGAGUUAUGUGUGGUGGCCCGGCCUCGAUCAGGACAUUGAGAGACUGGUGAAACUGUGCCAACCCUGCCAGGCGUUCCGGCCCGCACCGCCCCGAGCGCCCGAUCGAGCUUGGGAGUCUUCCCACAAACCUUGGUCCCGGCUACACUUGGACUUUGCGGGGCCGUUUAAGUGGCUGGAGGUGGUGCCGGUACCGUCUACCUCCUCGAAGGCCGCCAUCAGAGCCAUGCGCCACAUUUUUAGCUCCCACGGCCUUCCAGACACCCUGGUGACCGACAACGGCACAGCAUUUACCUCCAGCGAGUUCCAGGACUUCACGAGGUACUGUGGAAUCCGACACGUCCGAUUCAAGAACUACACUGCAAUGGUGAGCAACAGGUUUGGGAAGAAGCCCCAAGUGCUCAAAUCCAAUAAUGGAGGAGAGUUCACCUCGAAUGCAAUGCAAGAGCUCCUGAGAGAGCAAGGCAUCCAGCACCAGACAACUAUGCCCUACAAACCACAGCAGAAUGGGGUAGCUGAAAGGAAUAAUCGGACUCUUAUCACAAUGGGGGCCAACACAGAAGUGGACAAACUACUUGCGUACCGAGGUGUAAGUGACAUCAAGGAAGAAGCAGAAGAUGCUGAUCCUGAUGAGACCCAACCAGAUGAAGCUUCCCAAGAUGCUGUAGCUGCAUAA